AUGUUGGGGUUCCUCUCGGGCCAUGAUGAUUUGCAUAUCAUUCAUCAAACCGAUGCGCGGAAAAUUCGAUCGCUCUCCGGUGAGCCCGACUACAAGUCGAUCAACCUGACCUGGGAGGUGGAAAGUGUGCCAACUGCCGACGAUCGACCUUCGAAAGGCCGCGCCGUUCAUCUCGGAAGCGAGCGGGGCGGGGCACGAUCCUUUAGCGUGUUCUACUGCGAGCUGCAAAACUGGGGUCCUCAUCGAUGCCGAUCGAAAAUCGUCACGGACGAGUCGACUCCUAGUGGGAAAAGCAAGCAGUACUCGCUGUUGGUGAAGAAUCUCCGCAUGGCCACGAAGUACUCGUUCCACGUGAAGCCACAGACGAAACGGAGCGAUCCCGGACAGCGGGGAGGUGGCCGAGCGGAUGGUUCCGGAGUGUCGGAAGCAACCAACAGUGAAGGCAACCACGGGCAAACGAUCAUCAUACCGACGAAGGGAUUUUCGGCGCAUGCCACACAAUGUUUGCCGCACGCGUCGGAGAUCGAAGUGGAGACGGGACCGUACUUCGGCGGUCGGAUAGCGGCCGAGAAUGGGAACUGCGGCGUGAAGGGUGAUGCCAGCAGCCCGCAGGAAACGUACAUGAUGCGCAUCGACCACGAGCGGUGUGGAAGUCGGGUGAGCACGCGGGAUCUGACCGUCGAGACGGAUAUCACCGUGCAGGAGAACCAGGGCAUCCUGACGCACAGUACGCGCCGCUUCGUCGUGGUGUGCACCUUUCAGCCGGACACGCUGACCGUGCGCGCGAGGCUGGCGCUGCCGGGCAAGGGUGGUGCAGCCCCGGUUCCCUCAGAGUGGUGGCCUGCGAACGGAAGGAACGCACGUGUCCGCCAGUUUAACAUGGUUGGGAAGAGUGGCCUGGUGCUGAAGGGAUCCCGCGAAGACGACGAUAAUGGGGAGCAGCCCAAGGGAGCUAUCGAGGAGGAGGAGGAGGAAGACACUGGAGUACCGGCGGAGGUUCGGGAGCUUCCGGCAGUGCAACCGGUGGCGGAGGAUGUGACCGCCGAGAGGGAUGGAAAGGCCGCGAGGCUCUUGACGGAAGAUAUGGAUGACGUGCAGGACUUGAAUGAAGCCGGUCACGGAUUGGUGGACGAGGUGGACGAGUACGGACAGGACGACAAGGGACCGUCGGAGACAUCCUCGAAGACGGCCAGCUCUCAACGAAGAUCCUCUGGUGGAGCGACACCCGGUGCGAGUACUUUCGACACAUCCGGACUGCUCAUUUCCGCCUGCCUGGCCGUGAUACUGGUCGGCGCCUUGGUGUAUCUGCUGCAGCGGGAGUUCAAAAAGCAACGUAUGAUCCACCAGCAUCAGCAGAUGGAACGGACCGCAUCGGAACGCAGGCGAGGUGGGGGAGUGGCCGCUCCCGGUGGCACCAUGUAA